AUGGUAGCGGUUUUGAAUUUGUCGCAUCGAGGAUCAGAGCAACUAGCAACUUUUUUAAAACAAGGCAACAACUUGGCUUUGGGCGUGAACGUCACCAGUUAUCGCAAACUGCAAGAUUUGAAAGUGGUUCUUCUGCACAAAUUAAAUAAGAAACCCAUGUUUCCUAUCGCCUACAGCACUGCUAUGAAGGAAUCGUACGAAUCGUUCGAGACUAUUUUGGAAAAGAUCAAGUACGAUGAAUAUCGGUGGAAAAAUUCCUGCGACCUUAAAGUUGUGCUUUCUCUGUGUUUGGGACACUCGGUACAAAUGGUUGGUUCCCGCAAAACAUGA